AUGAACAAGAUUGCCGCCAUUGGUGCUGCUAACGGUGUCAAGAAAUUGAUCAUCGGUCAAAACGGUCUUUUAUCCACUCCUGCUGCUUCCCAUAUCAUCAGAUCAUACCAUGAAAAGGUCACUGGUGGGAUUAUCCUAACUGCCAGUCAUAACCCAGGUGGUCCAGAAAAUGAUUUAGGUAUUAAAUAUAAUUUGGCUAACGGUGGGCCAGCACCUGAAUCUGUCACUAAUGCUAUUUGGGAAGUUUCUAAGAAAUUGACUUCCUAUAAGAUUGUUAAGGAUUUGCCAAAAUUGAAUUUAUCUAAGAUUGGUAAUGACCAAAAAUACGGUCCUUUAUUAGUGGAUAUUAUUGAUGUUACUAAAGCCUACGUAGAAUUAUUGAAAGAGAUUUUCGACUUCGAUUUAAUUAAAAAUUUCAUUCAGAAGCAACGUGAAACUAAAAACUGGAAAUUACUGUUCGAUUCUUUGAAUGGUAUUACUGGCCCAUAUGGUCAUGCUAUCUUCGUUGAAGAAUUCGGUUUGCCUGCAGAUGAGGUCUUACAAAACUGGCACCCAAAACCUGAUUUUGGUGGUUUACAUCCAGAUCCAAAUUUGACUUAUGCUAAGACUUUGGUUGAAAGAGUCGAUAAGGAAAAGAUUGAAUUCGGUGCUGCUUCAGAUGGUGAUGGUGAUAGAAAUAUGAUUUAUGGUGCCGGUCCAGCAUUCGUCUCCCCGGGUGAUUCUGUUGCUAUUAUCGCUGAAUAUGCUUCAGAAAUUCCUUACUUCAAGAAACAAGGUAUUUAUGGGCUAGCACGUUCUUUCCCAACAUCCGCUGCUAUUGAUCGUGUUGCCGCUAAGCAUGGUUUGAAAUGUUAUGAAGUUCCAACUGGUUGGAAAUUCUUCUGUGCUUUAUCGAUGCUAAGAAUUAUCCAUCUGUGGUG